GAGAAGCUGCUUAUUUUCUGAUUCCUAAGAUAUAUUUUCUAAAAGGUUUCUAAUUUUUGGGCACGUUACAGCAGACAGACACAUCUAGCAUCACAGAUCAAGGCUUCAUCUUCAUGUGAGAAACAGAACGACCAUUAUCAAGAACAGAGGAUCUAUCCGAUAAAAUGAAAUCAUCAAAGCUUUUGGCCUUUACCUGCUUUGUGUUGAUUCUUCCAUCUUUGAUUAUAGGUCUGGAAACACAACACAGUGUGCUGAACGGCCACCAGGUUUUUAAGGUUCAUCUGGGAAUGUCUGUCAAUAUCAGCUGUAACUACAACAAAUCUGAUGAAACUGAAAAAUUUCAUGCAACUCUACAUUUAAAUAAAGAUAAUAAAAUGUGCUCAUAUGUUAUUAAUAAUACUACUAAUAAAAUAAGUACGUGUCAGUCAUGCAAUAAAGACAUCAGAUUUAUCUGGAUUACAGAUGGUAAAGAAAUAACAUUUGAGCUGUCAAAUCUUCAGAUAAACAAUUCAGGCACCUACAGAUGUAUUGUGGUUAGAGAUAUACCUCCUCCUGUUAUCACUAUAGGAGAAAACAACACAACUGUUCAGGUUUUAGCACAUCCUCAUGUGUCCAUGUCAUGUUUGAAAGAGCCUGAUGGACAACCCAUAAUUCUGUGCAACUCUGAGGGGUUUUAUCCUUCUGAUCUACAGCAGGUGUGGUUGAGAGAUGGAGAAAUACUGAACAUCUCUCAUACACAAAACACUAUCAGAAACAAUUCAGAUGGAUCAUUCACCCUCCAUUCAUCCUUAAAUUUAUCUUCUGCCAUAUCUGAUUCUUUAAACUACUCCUGUGAGGUAAACCACUCAUCACUAAACAAACCAGGUGUGCUCCAUCUGUCUCUUGCUAAUUGUACUGACAGGGAACAGGGCGAUGUUAUUACAAAAACAGAGCCAUCUUUAAAUAAUAAUAUGAAGAUUGCUCUGAUGAUCUCUGCAUUGCUGACUCUUAUCAUCUUGAUCGUGGCAGUACUGCUGAAGCACUUCAGAAAAAACAACCACAGAUCUCCUGCAUCUCCUAUACAGUUUAAUCCGCAGUCAGAGCUUGUUUAUUCAAAGCUGGGUGAUCAUCGUCCUGUCCCAUGCAGCAACCGCCCUAACCAGACAACCACCUGCACAUUAAACACUGACUGAAGGGACACCAAACAAUGUCUGACAGAAGAAAACUCCAUGGAUUGUUGAUCAGUUAAAUUCUGAAUCUCUUUUGGCAUACAGACAGUGUGCAAA